AUACAUCCUCUGCAGGUCCCACAGCGUAGUGCUUUCCGAUCUCACACUCGUGUAAAAGUUGAUAGGCAGGGUUGCUGGUAGAAAGUCGCUCUGCAGCCUUUUCACGUGGGCGGAGGGAGAGAGCCAGUCUCUCAGCAUAAGACUACAAUAUGCCCAAGAUCGCCGUCUUCGACGGGAGGGAGGUAGAGUACGUCGAGGUCCACGACGAGCCGAUCCACCGACGGCAGUUCAGCAACGACUAUGUCUACAUUUACAUCGCGGGCUUCAGGCCCGGCGAAACCUCGCUUUGGCAUCGCCAUUCCGAGAACACCCUGUACGUGUGCGUGGGACAUGGAGCGGCAGCCCUCAACCGGCCAACGGACAAGGAACCUUUCGUGCACCACGCUUCGCCGGGGGACCUCUGGUGGGCCAUGAGCAAGAGCGCCCCCUACGUACACCAGGUCUGCCUCCUCCCGGAGAACACUCACAACUCGCACUUCUUCGCCAUGGAAAUCCUCAGACCACCGCCCACUUGCUCGAGCCGCGCCCUCGACCACCGCUGCUACAGCCUCCGAGGGGAAGACAGCCGCCCGGGGCUCGCUCGCGUCUACGACUUCAGGCUUAAGCCCGGAGAAUCUACGGGGCCCCACACGCUGGGAUUCAGCGGGGUGGUGCUCUGCCUUUCCGAUGGCGGAGGGAGCCUGGAGGCUGAUGGCGGCGUGUUUGCGGGCGGAGAGCUGUCGAAGGUCGGGGGGUGGAAGUGGAUCGACGGCCCCGUCAGCGCCAACGCGCGAAACGCGGGCGGCAGUGUCUACCAGGCUUUCGUGGUAGAGUGGCUGGGGGGAGGCCACUCGGUGGAAGGCGUGUCCAGGCUUUGA